AAGAAAAGGAAGAUUAAAAAGAUGGGCAACUUUCUCUGGAAAAGCAGCGACGUGCACCCGGUGUUCGGCGACGGAGGACGGAGAGAGAACCUGGAGGCCGGAGAAAAGAAGGGUCCCUUAAGGAUAAAAGUGAGGAUGAGAAGGGAUAAACUAGAAGAGCUUUUAUAUUUGUCUCGUCGUGGUGACCAAUCUGAGGGUGACGGCGAAGGUGGUGAGAUUGGUUUCUUGAUUCUUAAAGAAUGUAUGGAAGGUCACUUGCCGGCGACGGUUCUUGGCUCGGGUGAUGAUGUUCCACCUCAACGGUGUGAAAAUUACUUGGUGUCUAGAAGAUUGAGUUCCAUCAAAGAGGAAUAACUGAAUGAAUAUGUCUUGAUUCAUGGAUACCAAAUAUACUUUAGAUAACC